AUGCCUUUCACCCCCAGUUCGCGGCCUCCAGCCCAACCCUCAGAAACGCAGGAAUUACUUACACCGGCUGAAAAGCCUGAUUUAGAAGAUGCCGAUACCCUCGAUUGGGACGAAUCGGCAGAUUCAACAUCCCUAAAUGAUGGGAUCGGCUCACUUUCUGUAACUCAGCGUGGCAUCGGAUACAUGGGCCCACAAUCAGGAAACGCUCUUCUGAAGAAUUUGCAGUCACUACACAUGCACCUGUUUCCAUUACAGGAGGCCGAGAUGGCAUUUCCAGGCCAUGCCAAAUCAACCCUAGCCGAUGAUGUGCUUCAAUCGUCCUCCUAUUCGGACUCCUGCAUUGAUUGGUAUUUUGGACUGUAUAAUUGUGCAUAUCCCAUUCUCCAUGAAGGGUAUUUCCGCGCACAGUGCAUUGGAGUACUUCCUAAGCCUAAAGAUGGAUCUUGGCCAAUGCUAUACAAUAUGGUCCGCGCAAUCGGUGCCUUUACCGGUGAUGCGUCGAAUCAUAAUGCCGACAACUUUUACUACGGAAUCGCAUCACAGCAUCUGUCUCUUAGCCUCUUACAACGGGGCUCGUUGCCAUUGUUACAAGGUCUAACACUGAUGGCCAAUUACCUGCAGAAGCGUAAUCGACCUAAUAGUGGGUUCGCAUUGCUCGGACUAGCCAUGAAUAUGGCACAAAGCAUUGGCCUGCACCGAGAAUUUUCUCCAACCAGCAUCAGCUUGUUUGAGAUGGAAAUGAGACGCCGCGUGUGGUGGACUAUUUACAUAUUCGACUCGGGUGCGAGGUUGACAUUCGGUCGGCCCACUCUAUCCUUAAGCGGCGUUAACAUGCAGCUCCCGCAUAAUCUUAACGACCGAGAUCUCGUUGUCGAUAUGGACCGGCUUCCAGAACCUCACGACACCCCUACAGUAGCCUCCAGUCUUAUAUGGCAGUCCAAACUUGCCCAUAUAACCAAUCUGGCGAACACGAAACUCUUUGAGAGCAAGUUACCGCCUGCUCCUGUCAUGCUUCGUCUGGGAGAUAAGGUCAAGGAAUGGGUUGAUUCCCUACCUCCUUAUAUGCAGACAAGCUCUGAAAGCCUAGAAUAUGAAAAAUUGGAAGCACCUCGAAUGGUGUUAGUGUGGCGAUCCAUGCACCUUCGCAUCAUUAUCUACCGGCCCUUUAUUUUGGACUUGAUUAGACGACGCCAGCCGUUGGAUCUGUCCAACGCCGAUAAACCUCCUCGCAGGUGUGUUGAUGCUGCGCAAGAAUGUAUUUCAUCCAUUGUUAUGUUUUGGCGCGGCGGUAGAGAUCGACAUCGAGCAUUAGUCUGGUACGCUUGUUACUGGCUGGUCACUGCAACAUUUGUUCAUGUUGCCUGCUUACUGUACGAGCCACAACAUGAAUGUUCUUUGGAUUGGAGGCAAGAAGUUGAGGGAGCUCGGUUGGCACUGGAGGAGAUGGGUGUCUUUGAACAAACUGCCGCUCGAGCAGCGAGGAUUAUCAACAAAGUCAUGGUCAUCCAUGCGGAUGACAGCCGCUCAUCCGAGAAUUUCCUCCCGUCAAAUGCCACUGAGACCGCAAGUAUUCCGCUGGAACAUGAGAAUACCAAAGGCGCCGAAGUCAAUCGCACAUAUAUUGCAAACUUGCAGAAGCGUGUUCAAUGGCUCGAGUCUUUAAUCCGUGAACAAGGAACCGAUGUAUCCUUGGAAGACGGUCCGCCACUUGACUCUAAUGAAUACCAGAAUGAUGAGUCGAUCAAUCUUGAUGAAAGUAUUCAAAAUCCUGUGGCUAUGACAUCGCCGAGGCAAGAGCCGCCUGUGCCAAUUGAAAAUACGCAACAAUCCCGAACACAGUCAAGACAGGCACACGAAAUUGGCCUAGUCUCACUUUCCUCUGGCGGGGAGGCACGAUAUAUCGGCCCUUCAAGCGGCUACUUUCUUGCUAAUCUUGUUUUUUCCAAUGCUGGCCGACGGUCAAGACCACUAGGGAACCGUAGUGUAGACGAGCCAAUCUCGCUGUCUGCAGAGCUAUUCAACACCCCUGCCUCAUUACCGUCUCGAAAAGACGAUGCGAUCGAGCUUUCUUCGAAGUAUUUCUCAACCUUCCAUCUUCUUUAUCCAUUUCUUCAUGAGCCAUCUCAUAUGCAACGCUUGGAAAAAAUGUACACGGGAGAGUCAGCGGCAAACCCCAAUCCAUCGGACGCUUUCCAUGUCUAUAUGGUGCUCGCAAUAGCCGCUUCGGAUCUCUCGCGACGGUUCAGACUUCGUUUACCAGCAGAGGGAUACUAUACUGCUGCAACGCAAUUCUUUGAAAGUGCCUGUGCAGACGGGUCACUUGAGAGCCUUCAGAGUCAACUUCUUCUCAUGGUCUAUGCUCUACAUAAUCCCUCUUGUGGGGUGAACAUCUGGAGCUUAAAUUACCAGUGCCUGGGUGCACUGAUUGAUCUCGGUCUCCAGCGCGAUAUACGCACCUCGUCUUCUUUUCACAUUUCGUUUCUGGAGCAGGAGAUGAGAACACGAAUCUUUUGGGUGGUAUAUAGUUUUGACCGAACUUUGGGCACGAUGAUGGGGCGACCGAUCGGAGUUAGAGAUGAGGCGUGUGAACUUCGAUUCCCUUCAAAUGUCGCGGAUGCACACCUCGCUGAUCCUGUUUCAGGCGACAGAUCUCACGAUGAUACACCUUCUCACAUUACAUACUCGAUUCACUUGUUCAAAUUGGCACAACUGAAUUCCGAAAUCAAAUAUGUCAUGCAUAGUAUCUGUCGAGAUCCUCCCAGAUACGCAUACCCACCAAUCCUCGACAUCAAUCAAUGGCAAAGUGACAUGAUAGAUCGACUGAAAACAUGGUACACUCAAAUCCCCCGUGCAUCCGACAUGACAUCUAUCGCGAAACUCUGCGAGACCAAAUAUCACGAGAUGAUGAUCUUGGUACUGAGACCAAGCCCUGGAAUCCCCGAUCCAUCGGAAGAAUUGUUAGCACAGUGCUUUCAGCACGCAGUCGAGCUGCUGCGGGGCUUUGGCGAGCUGUACAAACAGGAAUCGCUUCUUUAUAGCAGACUCGUUGUGCAUUCAAUAUUCCUCAGCACGUUGAUUAUGCUUCACUGUCUUUGGCGGCUACCUCAAGUCACAUCCCAGGUUCAAAUUGAUGACCUGGUAGCCGAUACGGGUAUUGGGUUGAACAUCCUCAGCAGUAUCGGGGAGUAUUGGGCAGAGGCUAGGAGAGCAAGAGAUUGUAUCCAUGAGCUAUCUGGCGCUACGAUACAGCGUCUGCUUCGGGUACGUGCCAUGGAGGUAUCACCGCGUCUAGCUCGUACCCAGCCCGCCACAGGCGCUACAAGGCAUACGCGAUCUUACAGUUCCAACACAGCACCGACUUCGGCUGUGCCGGAACAGGUAGACUCUGCGAUCGACAUAGCUCCCUCGACGGGUUCGUUUGCAGACGAGUACGACUUUGGCCUUGAGGGUUCGAAUUGGUUGAAUGAUGCCAUGCCUGGUGGUUUGAUGGAUUUCUCUGGGGCGCCCGAUUUCGAUAGUAUCAUUCAGCAGUAUUUGGAUCCGAACGCUGUAAUGUGGAACUAG